UUUACCCUUAAAUUAAACGCCCACAAUAAUUCUUAGGGUUCCGAUUUCGAAAUACUGGAAGGGGGAGAUUCUGCAGCGAAAAACAAUUAACUCCAAUGGUGUGCGAGAAGUGCCAGAAGAAGCUAUCGAAGGUGAUCGUGCCAGAUAAGUGGAAGGAAGGUGCCAGCAACACCUACGAAAGCGGUGGCCGGAAAAUCAACGAGAAUAAACUCCUAUCCAAAAAGCACAGAUUUCAUGAUUUGGAUUUGGAAUCCAUUGCCUGCAGAUGGACCCCUUAUGGAAAUACCAAGUGUAUCAUAUGUAAGCAGCAAGUGCAUCAAGAUGGCAAGUACUGUCAUACUUGUGCUUAUUCGAAAGGCGUAUGUGCGAUGUGUGGGAAGCAAGUGCUUGACACCAAGCUUUACAAGCAAAGCAACGUAUAAAUCGAAGGGAAUAUAAGCUGGUCUUCAAGUAGA